CGAAGUUCCCGGGGUCAACCUCGGUAAUCCCACGAGAAUCCCGUUUCGUACAUACGGAAUGUCCGACGACGAAGAACAAUCAGAGUACAGGGGCGCUGACAGUCCUGCCAUAUUCCGUGCUACCCCGGUCUCAAGGAUUGACGAACGUGGGAUUCGCAACCGAUUGAGGGAUCGGUUUGUCUUCGACAAGCGGAAGACGGCACCUCCAGCAACUACCGGCACACCUGCAACGCCGAACCUGGGGUGGAACCACUUGACUGAGCCUUCAUCGCCACCCAUCUCCCUCUCAAGCGCAGCACCGCCCUCAGUCUCAGCCCAUUCCCACACGCCCACCCCCGUGCCAUCCCCGCGUAACUCUCCUGCCGUGCAGUCCCCUGUAUGGAGGAACACUGAAGGACGUGCCGCUGUCCGGGCACCGAUAUGGGCUACGGGGAGAUAUAUGAGCGCGUCAAGGGAUAGCACGCCAAUUCCGGAUCCUAGCCCAGCUCAGGCUAGAGAUUUCGCAUCGACACCCAGCUCCGUCUCAUCAACACCGGUGGUCCCGUCUAGUUUGAGAAGGGCAAGCCAGACAACCAGGCGAGACACACCGGCCACCACUGCAGGCCGCCCUAUCAACCGCACCGAACAGUACCUACGCCUUAACCACCGCAAAGAUAUCUCCAAAGCCAUCCUGGACUGGCAACGCGUCCGCGACAGGGCAAACACGACUGCGUACCAGUUCAGAGUCACGCUUUUGAUUGAUCCGCUGCUUAUGCUGGAUCAUGACGCGGUUGUGGGGAAUGAGCUGCUGAGAGGGUUGGGCGAGGUUACGAAAGCGCAGUUUGUUACGGCGUGCUUUACGUUGUUGAGUGGUGCGUUGGGCGGGCCGGCGGAUCUGUUUCCCGAGAUGGUGCGGGUGGCUGUGGGAUUGGCUUAUAUGCCUUCGGUCUCUGGCCUUAUGAUCAGCGAUGUUCAGGAACUCCUCAGCACGUUGAAAGCGCCGGAAGAAGAAAACAGCCCUCCGACCGACACAGAGCGGAAUCGCGCACCUCUCGCCGUCUUCUUCGGCACCGUCCAACGCCUUAAACCGAUCUGUCACCGCGUACACAGCAGAUUGUACCGCUGCACCAACUUCAAAUGCAGAAACCGGAACACCGUACAUGUCGCACAGUCCACCGCCACCCUCCACCGCGUCACGAAGCGUGAUGCGAUAGGAGCCAAUCUCUUAACAUCCACGAGCGUCAAACUGCAUGAAAUCGAUCUAGUUUGUUCCCACUGCGGAGACCCCAUGCCGGAAUCUGUUGUCGAUCGCGUCGUGACGCUGGGACGAGAGGGGCACCUUUUGCUGCAGGCCGCCGACAAAUGCUUCGUUCAGGUGAUCACCAUCUGGUUGGAAGACGAGCUGACCCGGUCGAUUGCACUGGGCGAUACGGUGGAGGUGAUUGGUGUCCCUGAACGCACGCUCGGGCAGGUGUCGAACAAUCGCUUUCAUCCCCGGUUUGGGAUCCGACUGGGUGUCGUCAGCGCGCGGAAAGUCAGCGGUGCAUCGGUAGCGGGAAGCAAUGCGCGCGGCCGCAGUCAUGCGCUGACGGGGCAGUCAGAUCUUUACGGGCGCGGGACGGCAAACAUCCCCCAGUCGAUUCUGCAGCUCCAGGGCGAUAAUCUCUCACCGUAUGGAUUCACACAAAAGCUUGUCGAUCAGAUGUUUGCCGACAUUGUCCCCCGUGCGAUAUGGAGGAAAACCAAGCUGGCGAUGCUGUUGAGCUUGGUAUCGGCGCCCGUCGACGUUGACGAGCAGGUAAAGCCGCAGAAAGGCCCGUGCACGCCUCGUCGGGCUCUUCACAUGCUCUUCCUCUACAGCUCCCCCAUCCCGGCCCUCAAUCGCAUGCUGGCUUCAGUGCCACGUAUCCGCCAUUCACAUCGGUGGGUGCAUGGAUGCGAGUAUAAGCACCAGGCGCUGGGCCACGCGGACCGACAGGGCGACGGCGAUGUGAAGGCGUGCCCGAUGACAGGUGCCAAAAGCGGCGUUCUGAUGGUCGAGACGGAUCAUUUGAGGAAACCGAACCUGGACGAACUGAUCAAUGCCCUUGAGAAACGGGACGCGGGGUUGUGCAACGAGGAGGCUGGGCCGACGAGUGCGGAAGUGACCGUGUGGGCGUCCGCGAUGCUGAAGAGCGGGCGACGCAGCUACAAGGCCCAGCAUGAGGCGAACGAGCUCAGCAUGUCGUUGGCUCCCGCUUUUGCGCCGUUGAUCAGCAAGUUCGACAUAAUACUUAAUCUCCGUGGGACGGCGACACUGGACAACCAUGAGUACCUCUUGGCGCAACAUAUCCUCUCCCUCUGCACGCAGGAGAAACGCAUCGAGAAUGCAAGUACGGGCAUAUGGAACCCAGACAUGGCCCGCUUCCUGCACAUCGCGGCCAACAUCGAAGUGAAGCUCUCGAGCGAAUGCCAGACCUUCCUGCGAUUGUAUUUCUCGGCUGUGAGGAAGUUGCUCGGGGCGGGGGUCACAGAGAGCAUGUUUGCGACGAUGGAGACGUUGAUUAGGAUCGCUUGUGCGCAUGCUAAGCUUUGCCUGCGCGACACAGCACUCGUAGACGACGGGCUCGUCAGCAUCGCCUUCGUAGAGGAAACCAUGGCGCUCACACGCGGACAAUCGAUCAUGGGCUUCAAGCCCUUACCAAACGACCGGAGCAACAUCGAGAAGAUGUUUGGCGAGGAAAGGCGACAGAAAAGCGACUGGCGGAAGUUUCCUGAUGAUGAUGAGGGCGUGCAGGAUUCGGACUCGGAUAUAGAUUCGGAUUGUGAUCAGAGCAAGGCUUCGCCGGCUGAGCAGGCUUUCACUCGGUAGUGUGUUUGCAAAAUGCCUCUUUCGUUCUCAGGGUGGUGUGUGAGCUUGUCCCGUCUUUGUUCCCUUUCACUCACUAGGUUCUACACACAUGUGAUGGGUGUGCUGGAACGGUACUCGGACGAAUUUACCUCGACGGGUUCUGGGUGAAGCUACCAUUCCUAUUAGAUUUCGGGAAGCAUUCAUAUGUAGCGCUCGGGGGAAGGCAGUAUUGAGUUGGAUAGAUUAUCAUAGCCGUAUACGGGUUGCAUAAGUAGAUUAAUUUCGAGAAAAAUAACACAGAGGGGCCGAUCUUAGUCCCCACACUGAAA